GUAAGUGGGUGAGAAAUCAGUGAAUCAGACGACAUAAUGACAGACAGGGUUGAUAUCUCCGGCUGUGAUACUCACACAAUGGACAUGACAUCGCCAAACUUAGACGUGGGACACUCUGAUGGAAGUUUUGAAAACGGAGUCACAACCACGAUGUCGGAUACACCAGGCACAGCCAAAUCUCUCUCGGACGGUGAAACUACGGGAGAUGAGAAUAUACCUAGUCCGAAACAAGGAUCAGAAAAUGUGACAGAUUUGUUAUCAGGAAAGAACUUGACAUUUUCACCUGAACAGGUUGCUUGUGUUUGCGAAGCUUUACAACAGAGUGGUAACAUUGACCGGCUCGCACGGUUCCUCUGGUCCUUGCCACCAAGCGAGUUAUUACGGGGCUCCGAGGCGGUACUUAAGGCCCGGGCAGUUGUCGCGUUCCACAGAGGAAGCUUCAGGGAACUUUAUGCCAUUUUGGAAUCACAUAACUUUGAUCCAAGUAACCACCCAAUGUUGCAGCAGAUGUGGUAUAAGGCGCACUAUAUGGAGGCCCAGAAGAUCCGCGGGAGGCCCCUGGGAGCAGUGGACAAAUACAGGCUGCGGAGAAAAUACCCCUUGCCGAAAACAAUCUGGGACGGGGAAGAGACUGUAUACUGUUUCAAGGAGAAAUCACGCGCAGCGCUAAAGGAAUGUUAUAAACAGAACCGCUAUCCAACCCCAGAUGAAAAACGCAACCUUGCCAAAAAGACAGGUCUGACUCUGACGCAAGUCAGUAACUGGUUUAAAAAUAGGCGACAGAGGGAUCGGACGCCUCAACAGCAACAUUGUAGAAAAUCACAGUGGGACUAUUGCGACACGUUGAGCUUUGCCAAGUACCACAUAGUAUCUGACCUUAGCCCACUUGGUGAAGAGAACGCAGGACACCAUCCGCACCACCACCCGGGGCUGCAUCACGUUCACCACAACCCCGCCCUUCUCUCGGCAAAGAUGAUGGAGGACCAGAGAAACAACAUGGCGCUAGCCCUGCAAGUCAAAAACGAGCCUAUCCCGGCCCAUACACACGCGGCACACUACAUGUGCUCGCCGUUGGACCAUACCUUAUCAGCUCAUGGCAUGUAAACUCCAUAUUCGCCUCAAAACGUCAGUCAACUCUUAAGUGCAGUCGAUGUUACUAUUCCACUCAAUCCGCCAUUUUGUUCUACGCGGGCAAGCGUCGCCAUUUUGCAGCUUGUCUACGACGUGGAACACAGAACCUGUCCGCCAAACGGACCGUCGAACCUAUAAGGAUACAAUAUGAAAGAUGCGCAUUUACAAUCGUCAGAUGUUUCACUUUAUAAAUGGACAGUCAAAUUCGCCGUUGUAACUCUUUACCUCAAAAUCGCUUUAGAAAGGACAGUCAACCUUGAUUAUGGAACCGUUUUAUCUCGACUUAUGACAGUAUAUUUGGCACCAUGUCACCAUCACUAUUGCAGGAACAGACCACAUCAGUUAUUUACCUCACACGAAUCACUCUAUCCACGGAAAUCACAAGAGAAUAUGCUGUAGCAACUGGUUUACAAAAAUGUACUCGGCCAUGCGGGCUAUCCAAUAUCACAGACAACUUUCUACUUCCUAUCUUUCUUCAAGACAAUGUUGAAAAAAGCGUUUAUAUCAAUAGCCGCAUCUACCGUUAGUACCAACUUUGAUAGAGAAUUAAGUGAUGAUGAUUUUCACGAUAUGCUAUAACUUGGCAUCUCCUCUUUUUUCAUUAUGUUUUAUGAAUACAUGCAUUAUCAACAUGUCAUAUAAUCAACACAGUCAAGUCGUCUGCAGUUCUCCACAAUUUGGUAAUCACUGUACAUGUACAUUGCAUUACAGAUGUUGGUAGACAGGGAUGGCUAUUAUCAGCUUGAAUUUCUUUUACAUUUUAUGGUCGGUAUGUUCAUAUACAUUUGUGGUUUAAUCUACUUUAAACAUGUCAAUAACUGCCAACCAUCGUGUAUCAAUAACAAUACAUUAUCAACCGACAUGCAAUCACAAUGAGACUGUACGAUAAUGCCCCGUACAUGUAGACGAAGGAACAUAUGACAGUCGGUUUUUUUAAAAAUCAAAUAACUUUUGAAAUAAAAAUUCUCAGCUGUACUUACUGCUGGUAGAUAACAGAUAACAGAUAACCAGAAUCGAGUAAUCUCUCAAAGACAUUAUAUACAACAAACCCAUAACUUUUGGCAUCACUGGUCCACUUGCUAGCCCAGCCUGCUGUACUACAUGUACAUGUAGUUUGUAAUUUAUGCCCGUUUUUAUUCUCAGUUCUCUAUUCUCAAUGGUCCAGACCAUAGAUUCGAAGUAUAGCCGCAUAUUGGUUCACGGGUACUACUGAUAUCCCAGUUUAACUAUAUAAUGACACCUAGAAUCUGCUAGUCCUAGUCCAAAAUAUGAAGUUGUACUCAUGUUUUAUUUCAACCCA